CUCCCACCGUCAAACCUCAGGGCAAACAAUACCAGUUCAACCACUCUACGGGUCACGUGGCUGCCUGUACCUCAAGAGUUUCUCCAUGGAAUUCUCGUCGGAUACCGUCUCUUUUUUAAGGCAGACAAAAACCUGUUUUAUGAAAACGUGACAACAGUCAAUCAAACUCUGGAACUGACAGGACUGGAAAAGUUUACAAAUUAUUCUAUGAAGAUUUUGGCGUUCACUCGCAUUGGAGAUGGAAAUGUAUCACAUUCAGUGACUGUGUCGACUGAUCAGGAUGGUUCGUAAAAAGCUAUUUUUCCUAAUUCGUUUAAUUUAACAGAUUAGCUGACAAGCACAGCGGUUUCUUCUCGCGGCUCAACCUGUCGGUAUCGCCUUCUCCGGGAAUUUUCCUUCAUAAGGCGCCAUGGAAAUUCGCAAACAAUUUAUCGGGACACUAAGUUUUGGUCCGUUUAUGUACUGAAGUUACGUGAACUUUUGUAUCGAUGAAAGAAACCGUCCUGGAAUCGGGUAAAGAGGCCUUAAAACCAAUGGGAGCUGAGGGACUGAAAAAGAAGCAGUUUAUUGUUUGUAGAACUAAUUCCAAGGUCAAUAGCUAGGGACAUUGAACGAUUCAAAAUGAAUAACUCAUAUACAGAAUCUCUUGUUGUAUUUAGGUCACUGAGAGAGGUUCCAUUUCUUUUCUUUCUGAAUACUUACCUGAGAUGUGUACAAGUUAAUCAAUAUUUUUAUUUACAGUUCCCAGCCUCCCACCAACGAAUGUGAGCGCACAUAACACAAGUUCCACCAGUCUUCAUGUAAGCUGGCAUGAAGUGCCGAAAGGCUUUGUUCACGGCAUCCUGCUUGGUUAUCGCGUUCUUUACAAAAUAGCAAAUGUAACUGAAAACAAAAGUACUACUACAACAUCAGAAACAACUAAUAAAAGAGAGUUGCAAGAACUAAAGAAAUUCACCAUUUAUGAGAUCAAUGUACUGGCGUUUACAGCCAUUGGGGAUGGGGCAAAUUCCAAGAGCAUACAUGUCUCGACUGAUGAGGACGGUAAGAGGUUAAUUUGAUUACUUUGAUGGCGAUGAUGAUGACGACGACGACGAUGAUGAUGAUGAUGAUGAUGAUUAUUAUUAUGAUAUGGGAAUCUUUAUAACGAUUCUUCGGAGUGAUUAAGGUACUGUAAAUGGAAGCAAGGUUCGCUGACAGUACUCACUAUCUUUUCAUGCCCGUGUAGAUUGAUAUAAACACUUGCACGUGAUCUCUCUGAGAUCCUUUUGAGAGGUAAACAAUUCCAUUGCAAACAAUUAACAUCAAAUUGUUUCAUUAUAGCGGAAAACUUGCUAAUUCAUUAACGAUAAAAGCGUGGUGUAUUUUGAUUGCAACAACGGCCGGAGACAUAAUGCCCAUAAGUAAACAACAGUGACGCGAAUUUUAACACACAUAUAUGUAAACAGCUUUUUGCCCCUUUAAAAACGCGUACCCUUGUUUUAUACCUAAAUUCUUUCUACCUCAAAAAACAAAGGAUCCUUUACACCAAGACAACAAGCUGAACGUAUACUUUCAAUAAAUUAAUUGUAGUUCCCAGUCUACCUCCUGUUGACUUGUCUGCACAUAAUACCAGUUCUACGAGUAUCCAAGUGACCUGGGGCGAGGUGCCUGAAGGAUACGUUCAUGGAAUUCUACAAGGUUACCGCGUGUUUUACAGUGAGAUGACCGCAAACAGAAACAUCAGCUACGUGAAGGUAACAACUGACCCAGAAAAUCGCCAGCUUCGGGUCACAAGACUGAAAAAGUUCACCAAAUAUUCACUGAAGGCUCUGGCUUUCACAAGAAAAGGUGACGGA